AUGGGGAAGAGCUUCUUUCUUGACCAUCGGGGCUUGUGCUUGGCUCAGGUCUGCCUCCUUGCAUUCUUUCUUUUGCUCUCCCUUAACCAUGAAGGUAAGUCCUGCCCCUUGAAGAGGUGAAACCAAAUUUAUCCGAAAAUAGAGAAAUCCUCAGACUGCUUUCGGAGCUUUGCCAUGUAUCCUCUGCGAACUCGCAUAAAAUACAGCUAUUUAUUUUUUAAAAGUAGAAGUAGUAAAAUUAGUAUUGGUACUUUGGAAUGAGGGAGAAAUUGGAUUCACUUCAGAUUUGGACGGGAACCUACUUACCGUAUUGGCCCGAAUAUAAGCUGCACCUUUAAAAUUAGAGAAGGGAAAGGAAAAAAAUAAAAAAUACCCGAAUAUAAGCUGCUCCAUUCCUCGCUGCCCCUGGCUGUGUACUGAGCUCUCUUCCUUCCCAGCCUUGGGGGAGAGGACGGGGGACUACGCAUGGGGCAAGCACUGCUUUGCCGCUCUCCUGGAGCUGUUUGCCCAGCACUCCUGGCUGCAUACUGUAAGGUCGUGAAUAUAAGCCACACUUUAACUUUUCACAGUUGGAAUUGGGGGCGGGGGGAGGGAAAUGUGGCUUAUAUUCAGGCCAAUACGGUAUGUGACUCUUCUGCAGCAAGAUGCAAAUUGAAACACAGUUAUCCUCCAAAAUGUGCACUUCUCCCAAUUUUGUGAUGCUCUCCUCCAGCUAACCAGUGUGUUUAAAAAUGUGCAUAUUAGGGGAAAGUGUGCACAGGAGAUAAAUAUAUGAGUGGAGUUGAGAGGGAGCUGAGCGCCCAAACAAUGCCCUGACUUAGUACAUGGGACCCCACCAGCUUUUAAAAAGAGGAUACAACUGGUUUCCUUAAGGACGUUGCUAUGUGCAGCAAGGGGACGUGGGUGGCGCUGUGGGUUAAACCACAGAGCCUAAGACUUGCCGAUCAGAAGGUCGGCAGUUCAAAUCCCCGCGAUGGGGUGAGGUCCCGUUGCUUGGUCCCUGCUCCUGCCAACCUAGCAGUUUGAAAGCACGUCAAAGUGCAAGUAGAUAAAUAGGUACCGCUCUGGCGGGAAGGUAAACGGCGUUUCCGUGCACUGCUCUGGUUCGCCAGAAGCGGCUUAGUCAUGCUGGCCACAUGACCUGGAAGCUGUACGCCGCCUCUCUCGGCCAAUAAAGCGAGAUGAGCGCCGCAACCCCAGAGUCGGUCACGACUGGACCUAAUGGUCAGGGAUCCCUUUACCUUUUUAUGUGCAGCAAAGACAGAACUUUGCCACAAGUUUGAAUACAAUUUCCAUAUCCUAAUCUAUACACACAGAGACAAGUUUUGAAGGGGGGUAGAUCUUGCUGCUGCUUCCAGUGUCUAUCCUGAGCUAUAGAGUGCCAACAGGAUUUUUGAGGUUCAGGAUAAUGUAAGUUGAUUGGUCCAUCCACAUAUUAAGAUGGCGAGUAGCUGAGCUCUGAGUGGCACUUUGCCUUGCGGAAGGCUCAGCCUUCCCCAUUAGGAAAAGCGUAUUUUUUAUUUUAUUUUUAGAGCAGGAAAUGCUAGAAAACAAUGGGCUUGUGCAAAAGAUAGAGGGUUUCAGGACCCUGUUCCCCUCCCCACAGCAAAGCACCUGAUUUAGUGACUUUUAAAGAAAGGGCGACCUUUGCAGGGAUGAACAAUAAUCUUUAGUUGACAGUCCUGCAUUGCAGGGGGGGGGGGUUGGACUAGAUGACCCUCUGGGUCCCUUCCAACUCUAUAGUUCUUUGAUUUUAUGAAAAAAAUGCCUGCCUCUUACAGCGGAUGCCGUAGAAUGCAGAGUGUGCGAUGGAUGGCACGAAGUGAGUUCAUGUUGGCCUCUAUACCGCAGAUGUCCUGGAGUUAAGUGCUCAAAGAAAAUUGUAUAUGAUGGUAAGGAGCCUAUUUUCCCCACUCCCCCUCUUUUCCCAGGUUCCCUCUCGUAGGUUUGACUAGGCUGACCUAAUGUCAAGGAGGACACAGGGGUUUGUGAGAACACAAAGGCAGCUCUGCUGGAUCAUCCCCAAAGUCCAGCUGGCUCAGCAUUCUGUUCCCACAGUCGCCACAUACACGUACAUGUGCACACACUAUGAAAAGCAUAACAGUAAUGGACUUGCAAAGUGCUCUCAGAUGCAAAACUGUUGUCCAAUUUUGCAUCUGAGGAGUUACACAUUAGGAAUGUGCACAGGCUUCAAGAUGCACCUCGUAUCUGUAUCCGAACAUCUUAAAUAAUUCUAACUUGCUCUUUGUAAUAGUAGUAGUAGUAGUAGUAAUAAUAAUAAUAAUAGUAAUUUAUUAUUUAUACCCCACCCAUCUGGCUUGGUUUCCCCAGCCACCCUGGGUAGUCUUCACUUUAGUUGUGCUCCAGGUUCUGGGCCUCAAUGUGUUUAACAAAGCCCCAUGUACCACAUUUACAUGGCUGGAGUUUUUCCACCUUUGGACCAAAGUAUAUGCCAAAGUAGGGAUGCGGGUGGCGCUGUGGGUUAAACCACAGAGCCUAGGACUUGCCGAUCAGAAGGUCGAUGGUUCGAAUCCCCGCGACAUGGUGAGCUCCCGUUGCUUGGUCCCUGCUCCUGCCAACCUAGCAGUUUGAAAGCAUGUCAAAGUGCAAGUAGAUAGAUAGGUACCGCUCUGGCGGGAAGGUAAACGGCGUUUCCGUGCACUGCUCUGGUUUGCCAGAAGCGGCUUAGUCAUGCUGGCCACAUGACCCGGAAGCUGUAUGCCGGCUCCCUCGGCCAAUAAAGCGAGAUGAGCGCCGCAACCCCAGAAUUGGUCACGACUGACCUAAUGGUCAGGGGUCCCUUUACCUUUACCUAUAUGCCAAAGUACACAUUUUAAAAACAAAAAACAACAAAAAAGUUUCCUUCUCAUAAGCAUCCUGCAGCAUAGCACCAAGAGCAGAGCUCUGGCCGCCGUUUCCCCUCCUUCCCAGGAACACCAUUGUCUCCAUGCUCACAUGGAUCCACUAGUUUUGGAAAUGAUUCAGUCCUUGACAGAUUCAGUGCCUCUUGGAAGAAAGGGAAGCAGCAGCAAGUGGGCCACAAAGGUUCUACAAUGUUUCCUGCUUCCAUACAACCAAAGCAGCUAGCAAACAGACAGAUAUUUGAAAAUGGACAGAUCACUGAUUAAUACGCUCCACGAUGGCUAUCAAGUUUACACCUCAACACAGGCUUCAAAGAAGGAAACCGAGGUGCAAGAUGAACACUCAAGCCCUUCAAGAUCCUAUUAAGUGGGAUUGCUUCCACAUGACUCUUAAGGACCAUCUGCUUUCAGAGUUCCCUGAUAACAUUGAGGAACACUAGAACAAGCAAAAAACAUCCAUUAUUGCAGCUUGUGAACAAACUAUUGGAUACCAAACCAAGAAACACCAGGACUGGUUUGAUGAGAAUGACAGUGAGAUUGAACACAUGAUUGACAAGAAAAGGAAGGUCUUUCAGAUCUGGCAAAGAGAUAGAAACUGAGCCAUUAAGAAAAAAAAAAGCCUAUGCCAACGCUAAGGCUGAGGUUCAAAGAAGAAGCAAAGAACUAAAGAACACCUGGUGGAUUAAAAAAACUCAAGCGAUCCAGCACUUAGCUGACACUCAUGAUGCACAGAGUUUCUUUAAAGCCACAAAGACCAUCUAUGGGCCAAUAAAUCAUGACAUAUGCCCACUACGCUCAGCAGACAGUACCACACUUCUAAAAGAUAAAGAAGCUAUUGCAUUGCACUGGAAAGAACAUUACCAGCAUCUCCUUAACAGCAUCUGCCCUGUAGCUGCUGAAGUCCUCUCACAAAUUCUGCAAAAACAAGUUAGAGAUGAGCUUGCAGUAUCUCCAAAUCUGGGAGAGUUGUGUACAGCUAUUAACCAAAUGAAAAGCAACAUAAAGUUCAAGAAAACCUAACACCUUAUAUAGCUGAGAUCAUAAUAAUGUGUUUUCUUUAUUAUUGUAUACUCAUUCAACUGAGUUUUACUCAGAGGAGACAGAUUAAAUUUAAUAGAUAAUUCAUUUCAAUGAGUCCAAUUUGAGGACUCAGCCACAUUAGUAAAAAAAAACAAUGUGUUGAAUGCGUUAUAAACACGCAACACUGGAGAGCAAAAAAACUUUCUUUGUGAUUUUACACAGCGUUUCUCCCCCUUUUGUUAUAGCGAUUUAAUUUCUGACUUAUAUAUAGUGGGGUUUUUUCCUGUGUAGAUCCACCCAGAGUAAAACUAAUAAUAAUAAUAAGAAGAAGAAGAAGACACUGAAAGAAAUAAAGACCAGAUAUAAUUGGACCACCUGGAGAUUUUGUACAAGCAAAUCAAGAUGAAUAUUCAGUAAAUGAAAGAUAGAUCCCCUUUCCUUAAUAAUAAUUAAGCAUAGCAGGUUGAAUUUUUACCUCAGGCUCUCAGUACACUUGGUCAUGUAAUUGUUCACUGGCUGGCAAGUGCAGACUGCCAGCAGCAGUAUGAAAAACACCUGCCAUUUCUCACUGAAAAACAGAAUAUCAGAAAUAUUUUACCCAACCCUACUUUGAAUAGAUGGACUCAAGCCUGCUGCUGUGGGGAUUCCAAGGCCUAUUAGUCUAAGAUGGACUAUGCAAUUGUGUAGAAACAGUACUAGAAGUUUUGCUUCAUUAUGUUCUUGAAUGUCAGUUCUGUUCUAACAUUAAAUUAGAACACUUGCUUAAGUGCAUGGAAACCCUGGAGUGUGGUAGGAAAAAGUAAGGUUUCUGUUACAAGGAACAAGUAAGUAUGUCAUAGUAAAGACUUCCCGUCUUAGGAAAAAGUUAUUUGGAAUCAUUUGUAGAGAACCGAGGGUGGGGAUUUGGAGUUUUCAGGACAUAAAUGUAUUGUGAUAUAUCUCUCCUGCCUUCUAACACAUUUUAUGGUAAUGAUUAAAUUUUAGUAGUUUUUGCAAAAUGGUAAAAAAUAAAAUAAAAUUCUGUUUUAGCCCUAUUUUAAUGGGGAGUUUUUAAAAGACGCCUUCCUUUUAUGUGGCACUUCUGAUGCCCUUAUUGGUAUACAGUGGAACCUCGGGUUAAGAACUUAAUUUGUUCUGGAGGUCCGUUCUUAACCUGAAACUGUUCUUAACCUGAGGUACCACUUUAGCUAAUGGGGCCUCCCGCUGCCGUUGCGCUGCCGCCGCACGAUUUUUGUUCUCACCCUGAAGCAAAAUUCUAUAACCUGAAGCGUCUGUAACCUGAGGUACCACCGUAUUCUCUUUGAACUAAUUCGAUAGAAUUGUAUUCGUUCGUUCAUCAGUUAACAUGAACACUCUUUUUUUCAAUUUCUAGUCAAAACUGGGAAAAAGUUAAGCCACCACUUGUCCUGUCAUUACAACGGCCCGGGUUUGAGGUGCGGACAAAAGUAUGUUUAUAAGCGCACAAGAGUGGACUACCUUUGCUGUGACACCGACGUCUGUUUUAAAACUUAAUCUAAGGCCAUAGGAGCCAACUCCAAGGGACCAAGGGCCCUUCAGCCCCUGCCCCCAAUUAAAAUAUUUGAAGUCCCCCCCAAAUGUUGAUGGGCAUUGUCAUUUAUAUGUGUGUGUGUGCUGCGUCAUGUGGUUGAUUAUGUGGGACUGGGCUUACCUGUCCCUCCCCCAACAUUUUAUUCAAGUUGGCACCUCUGUCUAAGGCACAUAUAACAUUAAGAUAAUAACUCAUUUCCCUUCCCCACAGCAGAAGCCAUUGCGAUGCAAGUGACAAACAGACGUUUGUCCCUGUAAACAGGGACUUUUUUUGGGGGGUGGGGCAAACCAACUGAAUUUUCCCCCAUCACCAUCAUCUCCCUCUACAAACUGGAGCCUGACUGUGGUGUGUACAGCCUUCUGUAUUCAUGGAGGAGCCCCACACAUUUUAAAGCAAUGAUUUUUCAGAGUCCUAAACACAUGACGAGACUUCAUGAGCACAGGUGACAGCACUUCGCAGUGCGUGGUUCCCAGCAUCAGAAUGGCAGCCUAUCAACUGCUGUGAAUCAAUUCUUACUCUGUUCACAACUUUGCUCCUUCUUCCUGCUCCAGAGCAGAGGAGCGCUCGUUUGUGUUCACUCGUUUACACCGUCUGUCAUUGUCUAUUGUUCAAAAAAGAACACCUCCCCCGCAAAAAAAAGUAAGUGCAUAAUUCUCUUAGAGGGAAUGGGGUGUUCCUUCGUGAGGUGAUAGUCACUGGCCAAGCGGUGCUGUAUACAUUGUGCUUUGCUGGAAAGACAGAAGCUCAGCUCUCGCAGGCCCUGCUGCACUAAUCUCACACCCGACUUCACUCACGACCAACACUUUGGGUUGCCAGUUGCUUGUGUGGCUGUUUUGCAGAAUUGUCCGCUGAAGGGUACACCACAUAUACUCUGAACAAAUUGUGGAACGUGGGAGGUGCCCAGUGGUAGCACACUGAGGUUAAUGAACACGGCUAACUUAGGUUCCACUAUGCUUUACUCACCUACUGAAGCUAAUGGACCUAGCCUAGCCACUCUGAGUAGGAACUAAUUAAACACAACCCCAUGGCAUUGAUAAUAUUUGCCUUUCUACUUCUGGCAUAGCAAGUGUCUCCCUGAGUUCUAGGAGCACAGUGGUCAUUGGUCAGUCCUUAACUGACUUGUUUGGGUAUUUCAUACAGUGGUGUGUGGUCAGUGGACUAUGGAGACUAGACUAGUCCCCUCAAUGUUCCUGGUAAAUUGGAGCAUUGGCACCUCCUUCCCAAAGCACGGGAGGCUUCUGCUCAGCUUAGGGAGAGAGGCGCAAAGCUUACACUUGCGAUGUCAGGAUGUCACACACACAAAACGUCACGUCCCCCCAUCGCUCUCGCAAACUGGCACCUCUGGCCCGAACUGUUCCCCUAUAAAAAAUAUCACUGCACGCCACUGAUUUGAUCCUAUACUCAGUCAGGAUGUUCAGAGAUGGCGUUGGAGCCAAUUCUACUAUGACCUUUUAGGCUGCUAUCCGUUGGAUUCUGAAUAAAACUCUCCUCUGCGCUUGCAGAACUCUGGUCCUCUGAAUCUCUGUGAUUAGAGAGAAAUCUCUUUACUCUUUCCUUCCUGUUAAGAAUUCAUUGCCCUGUAACUGUAACACAAUAAAGCUUUUAACUAGUUUGGACUGUUGGAGCGUUCUAGGUGUUAAAUCAAAGAGUUAGAUAACCAUUACAAUUAUUGCUAGUUUUGUAAGUGAGACCACUUGUUUGUGCUAUUGUUAUUUUAUCUAAUGCUUUGAUUUCCCCCCUUCUGCUUUAAGUUUAAACCUUAAGUUGUAAUCCGCAUUCUUUUUUGUUCCCCAUAUUGUACCCUGAUUUUUCCUUGCAUGCCUUGUUCCUUAUAUUCUCCCUUCCUCGACAUUCACUUAUGUAUAACCUUCGUUUCCUUUGAGAAUAUUAGGCUUCCAUUUUUCUUAAAGUGAAAUGCAUGAACUGAUCUUCUGCUAUUGUCAUCGCAAAUAAAUAUUGAAAUCAGAUUUCAGCUUCUGGUUAUGUGUGGUCACAUCCUUUCACCCGCAGGAGGAAAAUAAGGACCUCACUUUCACACAUAAGGCAAGGGUUACGAGGCUGACAAGUGUCCAAGGGAAGUCGGUUCAUAAACUCUGACCAAUACACAAUAAGAACACAGGAAGAGGUUGCUGCAUCAUGUCAACAACCCAUCUUAGUCCAGCAUCCAGUUCUCACAGAGGCCAACUAGAUGCCCAUGAGAAACCCGCAAGCAGAAUUUGAGCACAAGAGCUCAGCCCAUUGCGGGGAUUCGAACCACCAACCUUCUGAUCGGCAAGCCCAAGAGGCUCAGUGGUUUAGACCACGGCGCCACACGUUUCCCCUACAGAGAAGCAUGGUGGGGGCUGAGCGGAUGACAGAAGCAGAUGAGUGAAAAAUAAAUGUUUAUAAAGAGAUACACCCAAAUGGAUCAAUCCUCAUGACAGGAAGUCAGCAGAAACACUCCCAGCACAAUUAAGUGACCUCCAUCCCAAGCCCCUGCCAGCGAAGGGGGAAGAAACCCUAAAACCAGAGAGCAGCUGUUUAGAAGGAGCUGUCCCAUGGCUCUACAAAUGGGAUCACUCCCAAGGAUCUUGGCAUUGCCACUUCAAGAGCGCUCACGCACAUCCCAUGGGGACAGAGAACGGGCAUACAUGGUGUCCAUAGCAACCACAGCACCGUCAACCAGUUGCCACCCACCAGCCCACCAUAGGCACGCCCCAUAACACAGCUGCAUGCGCCAACUCUGCAACGCAGCAUGACCCAGUAAACAAGUGCACAUGAAGCUCGUGACAGCUGCUGCAGGCACCCCAAACAUGCACUUGCACCGCCCAUCAACAGCACAUUUGAAAACAAACAAACACCCCGAAACCACACGGCACACACCAGGAGAUGUAAAAGGAAAGUUUAUUGCAAGCAGUCAGUGUGUUACAUCUACCUCCCUGAGGUUCAGCACUGGCACUCCACAGGGAUGUGUGUACUCGUCGUAUACAUAUGAUUGUAUUUCAUCUGAUCCAUCCACUGUAAUUAUUAAGUUUGCAGAUGAUACUACCAUAAUGGGUCUAAUUACAGGUGGAGAUGAAUCAGCAUACAGUGGGGAGGUUCAAAAAGCAUCUACAUGGUGCCUAGAGAAUAACUUGCACCUAAAUAUUAGCAAGACAAAGGAGAUGGUGUUGGACUUUCGGAGGAAGAGAGGAGAACUAGCCCCGUUGUAUAUCGGGAGGGGGGAGGCUGUGUCGGAAUCUUCACUCAGCCAAGCUGAUAAAGCUCAUUUUCCGGCUGAGCCUUCGUAAUCGCCCUCCCGAUGAAUAAUUAACGACCUGAGCCUCUGAUAAGGCCUCAGGCACAUUUCCAUCCAGCAGAGUUUCCAGCACAGGGAAGUGAUGAGAUUUAUGGCUACAUGCUAUGCUUUAUUUCUCACUACGCAGACAGCAAAGAAAUAUACAUCCUCUCUCUAUUAAAGCAGAGAGCAACUGAACAAAGGAACAGGAAACCACUAACGUCACAUCCCUUCUCCCCUCCCGUGAGACUUCCAACAGUCUGGAAGGUCUCUGGAAUGUAAACAGAGUCCUGUGAUUCCAAGCAGCUGCUCAGUGGCAAACAGAAACUAACAGGCUGUGUGGAGAAAGUCUCUUCCUUUAAAUUCCUGGGAGUUUACCUUAGUGAAGACCUCACUUGGAAAAACAAUAUAACUCAGGUGGUUAGGAAGGCCCAACAGAGACUCCAUUUCCUCAGGGUUUUGCGAAAGACCAAUAAUGUUAAACCACAAUUGAUGACCUCUUUCUACCGGUCCAUAAUAGAAAGUGUCCUCUCAUAUUGUAUCACAGUGCGGUACGUUGGUACGUUGGCUUGAAAGCAGCCAAAUAAUAAACCCAGCACUGUAAUAAUAAUAAUAAUAAUAAUAAUAAUAAUAAUAAUAAUAAUAAAUUAUUAUUAUUAUUAUUAUUAUUAUUAUUAUUAUUAUUAUUUACACCCCGCCCAUCUGGCUGGGUUUCCCCAGCCACUCUGGGCAGCUUCCAGCAAAAUAUUAAAAUACAGUAAUUCAUCAAAUAUUAAAAGCUUUCCUAAACAGGGCUGCCUUCAGAUGUCUUCUAAAAGUCAGAUAGCUGUUUAUUUCUUUGACAUCUCGUGGGAGGGUGUUCCACAGGACAGUUGCCACUACCGAGAAGGCCCUCUGCCUGGUUCCCUGUAACCUCACUUCUUGCAGUGAGGGAACCGCCAGAAGGCCCUCGGAGCUGGACUUCAGUGUACGGGCAGAACGAGAGGGGUGGAGACACUCCUUCAUGUAUACUGGGCCGAGGCCGCUUAGUUCAUACACAAAUGCUCUGCAACUCCCAUGACUCAUAAUCCUUCCUUCUCUUCAGUUCAUUAAAGUGCACAUACACCCAACGCCCAUGGCAGCAACUGCCUUCUGAAGGUUCCUUGGGCUGGAAGUAGAGCAGCACAGGUGAAACCAACCACCCCCUGUGGGCAAACAGAGUCUUUCUCUGGAAACAACUUCCUUAUGAGGGCUCCAGGGCUGGAAGCUGGGGCAAGACCAGUGGAAAAAGCUAUUACGUGCUGGUCAACAGAUUCACUCUUCCCUCCAUGCAAGUUGCCAAUUGCCUGCAAUGAUUAAUAGGAACUACUCCCGCACUUAUGCCAUCAAAUUCUACAGUGCCAACUUCCAAGCAUGGUUAAGUACUUUGAUUUUCUGACAUUAUUUAUUCAGUGCCAGAGCUGCAGUAGUAUCUGUGCAGCCAGAUAUUCAAGAUUUAACUACUCAAUUAAGAGAAUUGGCUGCCCCUAUGCUAGUGGACCAGGUUUAAGGAUGCUGUGUUGAUUUUCAAGCCUCUAAACAAUUUGGGUCCAAGAUAACUCAGGAACCAUCUAAUCCCUUAUAUACCUGCCAAAUAACUGAGGACUUUGAGGGGUUAGAAUUCCUGCUCCAUGUUUGCAGUCAUGGGAUUGUCGUCUAUCAUAUGACGAUAUAUGUUUUGACUCCACAGAGUGGGAAGUGACGGAGACAGGAUGUUUGUGUUACUGUGUUCCGUGCAGUGGGACUAUUGUCCUUUGUUCUUUUUCUCUUUGCUGUCUGAUGCUAGAGAGAGAGGGAGCCAUGUUGCAGUGCUCCGUACGUGUUUAUAUGUAAAUAAAGUAGAUUAGCCAAAAUGCUGAGUUGCUGAGGUCUGUCAUGUGAACUGCGCGGACUCUGCGGAUCCCUAAGUGUGCCAGUGUCUGUUGGCAGCGGUUGCUGUGAUGUUCGGGCUGAAGAAAGCUUUUGAAGCUCCUGAACGAUCGACCAGGAGGGAGGGAACAUGCCAAUCGGGCAUGUGUCUCUGCCGGGGUCCUACUCGAGUGUACGCUGAACUCCUGACAGUUAGUGGUCCCCCAUGGUUUGGAUCCACAGCUUAUACCCACCAAGAUACAGUAACACAAACAAAUCAUUUUCUUUUCCCACUACCCCAGUGAUUGAUGCAUCACCACAUCUAUACGUUGAUAGAUUAGGAAGAACUUUCUGACAGUAGGAGUUGUUUGAAAGUGGAGCAGACUCCUUUAGAAAGUGGCAGAGUCUCCUUCAUUGGAGGUUUGGAUGACCAUCUGCCAGAGGUUCUUUAAUUGAAAUUCCUGCAUUGCAGGGAGUUGGACUAUUGAGAUUCCUUCCAACUCUACAAGGCUAUGAUUGAUACAUUGGCAUCUAUAGCUAAUAUUGUGGAGCCACAAAACUCCAUGAAGAUGUGAAGGCGAGGCAUGAAAUCACCUGGUGUGGUUACAGGGACCUAUGUCUUUGAGUAUAGUCUAAAAUAGAUGCACUAUUGAUGGAACUCAAAUCAGUUAGCACAACCAUAGCAUACACGGGUGUUUCUCCAAGUCCUUGCAGUCAGCAUGGAACAUAAAAUGGCUUCACCCAACUGACUAACCAACCAGCCCGCCCCCACUUGCAAGCAUCAAUCGCAGCUUUGAUCCUGUGGGACUCGAUCAACCAAGAAAUAUGGAGGUGGACAGAAAGCCCACCAAAAGGAACAAGCAUUCCUUCAAUGUUGUAUAGCAUCUGGAAGCCACUGCUGCCUGGGACAUUCUGUAAAGUGUUCAGCUGGUUCCUCCUUAGCCCGUUCGUAUUUGUCUGAACAAUCAGUACAUUAGGCCCCAAACAGCCCAAGGGAACCGCUACCCACAUCCCCAUCGCUCUUCAGAACCACCCCAGCACAUUGCCAGAGGCUUCUCAUAUCUUUCAAGCCCACAAGGAUCACAUGUCCCAAGAAGCUAGGAAGGUUCCUCCCAUCCCUUUUAUAAAAGCUGUUUUGAACCUCGUCCUUCAAACCGUGGGGUGUGUUCCUUACUAGAAGCUGUGCUCCUGUUACAGCUUAUUGCCACAGAGCCAAGUGUGUCCCUCAGCUGUCAGCCUUCGGAAACCAGUCUCUCAGUGAGAAAAGAUUUUCCAAUGGGACAGAGCUUCUUUCUUGGUAAUCGGUGCCCACGUUGGGCUCAGGCCUGGCUGCUCGCAGUCUGUGCUCUACUUUGCCUCAAGUCCGGGGGUAAGUAUCAUCCCCAUCCCUCCUUACAAGAGGUAAAAGAAAAACAAGCCACUAGUUAAUGUAUAUAAUUUAUCUGCCUGUCUUCCUAAAGUGAAGAAACCCUGCAAGUGCUUUGAGCGGUGCUAUGGUCAGGCCUUCUGUGGUGGUGGUGGUUAAUUUCCAGGGGUUGUGCAUAUAAACAAAAUUGUACAAAGCCAAAGCAAUCCCCAGAACCACCUCCAGCCCCUAAGAGCUCUGAGUUAAGCCCUCCAGUUUACUUACUCGGGUCUUGAGAAGCCCCACUUCUUCCCACAGUUUCUCUUCUCCUCCCUCAGUCUUUUUCUAGCUGAUGCUGCCUCUGUCGUCUCCCUGCAAAGAUGCAGACCUUUUGUUUAGAAAGAAACUUUCUUCCACCCCAAGCCAUUUACUGGGUUCCUCUUUGCAUAUGGAAAACUGGUGAGGAGAGAGAUCUGUUAAGCCCUCCAGCUUGCUUACAGUACAGUGGGUCUCUUAACAGCUCCCUUCAUGCCAGGUUUCCCAUUCUGCUGCUCCACUCCUUUCCGGGGCGGCUGCUGCUGCUCUAGUAAUUGCCCUCACCCAAUGCACCCAGCCUGGGGGACAGGAUUCGGGUGGGUUGCUUUUUCAGAGCCAGCUGUGGAAAGGAAGAGAAGGGGCCUCUGUGUGUAGGGAGGGUGGGGGUGUUGCUCUGCCUGGACCAGCCACCAGCCCUUCUUUCCACCCACCCCACCCAUUUUCCAUUUGAUUCAUCAUUUCCCUGCCAAACUUGGGAUCACUUAAGUAAAGUCUGAAUAAGACGUGGCUUCCCUGUAUUGGCUUAGGCUGUGUGUGUUUGGGAUUCAACUGUUUCUGAAAGGCUAACUCUGUGAAUACACAAACUAACACGCCAGGGCUACGGACGUGUUGUUAUUGUUGUACACCACUCCAAUCUCUGAUCAGCGCAAGAUUUCAGGGGUUCCAGGCAUGCUAAACCAGGGUUUGUGUUUUAUUUUGGGAAUGAGGCACAGCGGCGACUGUGCUGUCUUUAUAACGUAAGGUUUAUUUAUACAUAUAUGCAAUCCGAGCCUACGAUGGAGGGGUUCAUGGCAUUGACACCCCAAAAGGGUCUUGCUCACAGGUCAGCAACCUUUUUCAGCUGUGGGCCGGUCCACUGUCCCUCAGACCAUGUGGUGGGCCAGACUACAUUGGGGGGGAGAGAACAAAUUCCUAUGCCCCACAGAUAACCCAGAGAUGCAUUUUAAAUAAAAGCACACAUUCUGCUCAUGCUGAUUCCCAGACCGUCCGUGGGCUGGAUUGAGAAGGUGAUUUGGCUGCAUCUGGCCCCAGGGCCUUAGGUUGCCUACCCCUGGUCUUGCUUAUCCCACAGCCGCAACUGUGGAUUCAAAACAGAAAUCAGCCACCAUGCUCUGGUCCUCUCUCUAACUUGCCUCCUUUACCGGAGUGCAACCUUUUUUCUCCAGGUAACAUCCCAGCCAACUCCGAAUAAUUUAAUUCAAAUUCUGCCUUUCUGUUCUAACAGAGGGAGGGGGCCCUCCCAUUUGCCACCUGGGAGUCUCCCCUCCCCCCCAUUGUCUGCCUGGCACAGAGCUUUGUUUCUUUGGAGCCACAACUUGGGACUCUCGGUCUAACCCCUAAUGAAGCUGAUGUGGCGAGUUUUAAAUAAGGGCAAUGUUUGCAGGGACAAAUAAUAAAACACAAUUAUUGGUCCUUUACAGCAGAUGCUAUAAUAUGCAGGUUUUGCUCCAAAUGGGACACAGAGGAGACAUGCACUCCAACUGAUCGUACAUGUACGGGAGACUUCUGUAUGAUUGGAGAAGUUUUUGAAGGUAAGUAGAUUUUCCUGUCUGUAUUCCUCCCUUUUGUAUGCCAUGACUAGGAUGACCUGAUGUUAUGGAGGAGAGAGAGGAGACCUGCUGGACUACAUCAAAGGUCCCUCUAGUUCAGAGCUUCCCAAACUGUGUCUCGUGACACAUUAGUGUGUCAGCUGCAGUGUGUCGCACAAACACUCCCACGCUCCUCCUGGGGUUGGAAAAGGGGUUAGUUUAACCUCUGGUUUGGUAGUAAAACUGAAUUAUGAAAUGAUGCAUGUCUAAAAAGUGUGUCACCAACAUGAAAAGUUUGGAAAGCUCUGCUUUAGUUCAGCAUUUGCAGUCUAGUAUCAGGAGCAGAGAGCGAUGGCUGCCAUUACCUCUCCUUUCAAGAGACACCAGUGUCCCCAUGGGUCAGAGUUCCACCAGGUUUGAAAAUAACAGCGUCCUUGCCAGGACCAAUGUCUCUUGGAGGAAAGAGCAGCAGGGUGUCACAAAAGUUCUGUAGGGCUUCUGUCUUCCAUGCCACCGAAGCAGCUAGCAGACUGACAGACACUUUAAAAUGGUAAGAGAGAGAAAAAAAAGGAAUACAGCAGCCAUGGUCUCAUCUCCCCUCAGACUGCUGUGGGAAUGCUAGCCUUGAAAUGGCUCAAAUUCCUGCACCCUCAGUUUGCCAAGGUUGAAAAAGGUGCCAAACUGUGAAGUCCAUCACCUUUCAUAAUCGGGCAUGACAAAAAUGCUGCUGAGGCAUUCCAGACUGAAAGCAGAAGGCCACAAAGUGUGGUGGGGAUGGGAGCAUGUGCCACGGGUGAGAUAAAUGGGCAGAUAACUCCGUCUAAGUAACUGUGGGGAAGCAACACUAGAAGAUUUGCCUCAUUGUGUCCUUGAAUGCCAGCCCUGUUCUUAUAUCAAAGCACAUCACACAUAGGGGGCCUUACGUGUUGUUGUUGUUUAGUCGUUUAGUCGUGUCCGACUCUUCAUGACCCCAUGGACCAGAGCACGCCAGGCACUCCUGUCUUCCACUGCCUCCCACAGUUUGGUCAAACUCAUGCUGGUAGCUUCGAGAACACUGUCCAACCAUCUCGUCCUCUGUCGUCCCCUUCUCCUUGUGCCCUCCAUCUUUCCCAACAUCAGGAAAGAACUUUUAACUGAGUUAAGAUUAAAAAAGGAUGUGUACAAAAAAUGGAAAAGGGGGGAAACCACCAAAGAGGAAUUCAAACAAAUAGCCAGCACGUGUAGACACAAAGUCAGAAAAGCUAAAGCACAGAAUGAACUCAGGCUUGCUAGAGAGGUUAAAAGCAACAAAAAAGGAUUUUAUGGGUAUGUUCGUAGCAAAAGGAAGAACAAAAAAACAGUGGGGUCACUCAGAGGAGAAGAUGGUGAAAUGCAAACAGGGGACACAGAAAGGGCUGAACUCCUCAAUGCCUUCUUUGCCUCAGUCUUCUCCGAUAAAGAAAACAAUGCCCGACCUGAAGAAUUUGGAGCAAAUGAUUCAGCAGAGGAAACACAGUCCAGAAUAACUAAGGAGAUAGUACAAGAAUACUUGGCUAGUUUAGAUGUAUUCAAGUCUCCAGGGCCAGAUGAACUGCAUCCAAGAGUAUUAAAAGAACUGGCAGAUGUGAUCUCAGAACCACUGGCAGUCAUCUUUGAGAAUUCCUGGAGAACAGGCGAAGUCCCGGCAGACUGGAGGAGGGCAAAUGUUGUCCCUAUUUUCAAAAGGGGAAAAGAGAGGACCCAAAUAAUUACCGCCCAGUCAGUCUGACAUCAAUACCAGGGAAGAUUCUGGAGCAGAUCAUUAAGCAAACAGUCUGUGAGCACCUGGAAAGGAAUGCUGUGAUCACCAAUAGUCAGCAUGGAUUUCUGAAAAAUAAGUCAUGUCAGACUAACCUGAUCUCGUUUUUUGACAGAAUUACAAGCCUGGUAGAUGAAGGGAACGCAGUGGAUGUAGCCUACCUUGAUUUCAGCAAGGCAUUUGACAAGGUGCCCCAUGAUAUUCUUCUAAAGAAGCUGGUAAAAUGCGGUCUUGACUAUGCUACUACUCAGUGGAUUUGUAACUGGCUGACUGACCGAACCCAAAGGGUGCUCAUCAAUGGUUCCUCUUCAUCCUGGAGAAGAGUGACUAGUGGGGUGCCACAGGGUUCUGUCUUGGGCCCGGUCUUAUUCAACAUCUUUAUCAACGACUUGGAUGAUGGACUCAAGGGCAUCCUGAUCAAAUUUGCAGAUGACACCAAACUGGGAGGGGUGGCUAACACCCCAGAGGACAGGAUCACACUUCAAAACGACCUUGACAGAUUAGAGAACUGGGCCAAAACAAACAAGAUGAAUUUUAACAGGGAGAAAUGUAAAGUAUUGCACUUGGGCAAAAAAAUGAGAGGCACAAAUACAAGAUGGGUGACACCUGGCUUGAGAGCAGUACAUGUGAAAAGGAUCUAGGAGUCUUGGUUGACCACAAACUUGACAUGAGCCAACAGUGUGAUGCGGCAGCUAAAAAGCCAAUGCAAUUCUGGGCUGCAUCAAUAGGAGUAUAGCAUCUAGAUCAAGGGAAGUAAUAGUGCCACUGUAUUCUGCUCUGGUCAGACCUCACCUGGAGUACUGUGUCCAGUUCUGGGCACCACAGUUCAAGAAGGACACUGACAAACUGGAACGUGUCCAGAGGAGGGCAACCAAAAUGGUCAAAGGCCUGGAAAUGAUGCCUUAUGAGGAACGGAUAAGGGAGCUGGGCAUGUUUAGCUUGGAGAAGAGGAGGUUAAGGGGUGAUAUGAUAGCCAUGUUCAAAUAUAUAAAAGGAUGUCACAUAGAGGAGGGAGAAAGGUUGUUUUCUGCUGCUCCAGAGAAGCGGACACGGAGCAAUGGAUCCAAACUACAAGAAAGAAGAUUCCACCUAAACAUUAGGAAGAACUUCCUGACAGUAAGAGCUGUUCGACAGUGGAAUUUGCUGCCAAGGAGUGUGGUGCAGUCUCCUUCUUUGGAGGUCUUUAAGCAGAGGCUUGACAACCAUAUGUCAGGAGUUCUCUGAUGGUGUUUCCUGCUUGGCAGGCGGUUGGACUCGAUGGCCCUUGUGGUCUCUUCCAACUCUAUGAUUCUAUGAUUCUAUGAUUCUAGGGUCUUUUCCAGGGAGUCUUCUCUUCUCAUGAGGUGGCCAAAGUAUUGGAGCCUCAGCUUCAGGAUCUGUCCUUCCAGUGAGCACUCAGGGCUGAUUUCCUUCAGAAUGGAGAGGUUUGAUCUUCUUGCAGUCCAUGGGACUCUCAAGAGUCUCCUCCAGCACCAUAAUUCAAAAGCAUAGGGGGCCUUACUUAAGAAGAUGAAAUACUGCAGAUAGGAUGAAAAUGAGGCUUCCUUUUUUUUAUUACAAGGAACAAACUGAUACGUCAUUUGGAAGUCAGCCUCUUUUGCAGUCUGAGGAAAAAGGUGUUUGCAACCUAUUUUAAACAAUUGCAGCAGAAAUUCUGAGAUUUAAGGAUAUGUAUUUAUUUUGACAUGCAUCGUUCACAUGUUGCAACUUUUAUUUUAAUGUUGACAUUGUAGUAGCUUUUGCAGAAUAAACUCGAGAUUCUGUUUUAGGUAUACCUUUAAAAAAAUGGAGUUGAAAAGUAUUUUAUUUUAACUUUAAAUAUGUUCUCUUCUGUUUUGAUACGUUCUGUGGACAAAGUCCACAAAGUUCUCAUCGUUCACUCGUUAAUACUAACACAAAUAUUUCCCCUUUUCUCUCCAGCUGGUACGGAUGAAUUUCUUCAAAUGCAAAAAUUCUGUGGCAAUUUCCCAUUAAAAUUCUUGUGUGGACAGGAAUGGCAUGAAUAUCGCAGAGAGAAAAUGACAUGCUGUUAUUACGACUACUGUUCUGAUGAAUAUCCUUAA